AUGGAUGCCGAGCAGCGUGUCCGCAAUCACUUUAUUGCGAAGCAAAUCCGUAUUCAUUUACAUGAUAAUAAGCGCGCGUUCAGCGGAAUACUAGUGUCUAUUGACAGUCUUGGGAACGCAAUUCUGCACGAUGCUAUCGAAGAGCAACUUCAACAGGACGAGUCUGCAGAGGGAGGCGAGGUGGUACUUUCGGAGCGCACUGUACCAAUGGUGAUGAUACCGGGCAAGCACAUUGCUAAAGUCGCUGUUUUUCAUGAGGAGGAGCGCAGCAUUGCCGAGGAUGCCAAGGAAUACUUGGCGAGCACGACAUAUAUGUAA